AUGAAUGCUUUCGCUCGCUACUUUUUAAGUGGGCGCGAUCUGCUUUGUGGACUCUUUUUCAAUGACAUUUUCUGGGUCUUUGGCACGGACGUCAUGGUCACGAUUGCCACGUCGCUCGAUGCGCUGAUCAAACUGAUCUUCCCAUGUAAGUUUGCUACUGAUACGAAGAAGCAGAAGAGCUCGAUCUUGGGCCUUGGAGACAUUGUGAUUUCCGGUAUCUCAAUGGCACUGCUGCUGCGAUUCGACGCAAACCGUGCGAAUGUAACCAGUAACGACCAGUCGUUACCCAAGCCGUUUUUCCACGUGAACAUGCUGUGCUAUGUGCUGGGUCUAGUGGCUACAGUUGCGGUCAUGUACUUCUUUGAUGCGGCACAGCCAGCACUGCUGUACCUUGUGCCGGUGUAA